AUGAAAAUCGCCGCUGUCUUUUUUGCCUGCAUUACUCUGAAAGAGGCAUCUUGCUUUACCAGCAGCUUCACUCCUUCAUCAAACGGAAUUGUUGCCCCCAAGUCAUCGUCAUCACUUCAAAUGGUCGAUACCGCCGUCCUUCAAGGAGCUGGGAUCGCUCUUUUUGGUCUGGGAGCCGGAAUCGGUCUUGUUGCCUUCACAGAAAAACAAGGAGAACGGGGGCGGGAACGCGGAAGUGGUCUCUCCGAUUCAAUGGCGACACAAUUGUCUGGAAUGUUCAUGGAAGAUGUUGAAGUUAGUUCUGUUGAUGAUGUUGGUUCCCUUGCUAGUCAAUUGGAGGCUGCUUUGAAGGCUUCUGGAGGUACAUCUGAUGAAGAGCUAGAAUUGUCUGAGGAAGAGAAGAAGAGAAUUGAAGAAGAAGCCGAUGAUGGAUGGUAA